AUGAACAAGUUGGAAAUCAGUGAGCUCUGUUCGUUCUAUCGCAUUUGCCGCUAUUUGGGCAUAUUCUGUAUUCACUACAAUUCGCAGAGGGAGCGCUAUCGGUUGCGCCGAAGCCUCAUCUGCUACCUUGUGCACUUUGCCUUGCAGACCUACUUAGUUAGCUGCAUGGUUAUUUUGGUGAUAUAUUGGAAAUGGUGUUUCAAGAGUGAAAAGACCACGACCGGGAACCAUUAUGACCGUCUUGUGCUGUUUCUUGCCUUAUGCAUGCAGUUCGUGCAAAAUGCUUGGCUGAUUUGGCUUCAAGGUCCCCAUCUGCGAAUCGUCCGUCAAUUGGAACUGUAUCGACGCAAGUAUCUAACUCAUAUGCGGCUAUCGCUGCCCAAACGCAUGCUCUUGAUUAUUGCAAUUACCAAUAUGCUAUACUUGAUGAACUUUCUGAAGAGCUGUGUCUUGGAGUGGUUUGCGAAUGCCUCACGUCUGUUUGUCUUUAGUACACUGGGCUUUCCCUUGCGGUGUCUUAUUACUAGCUUCACAAUGGGCACCUAUUUGGGUCUGAUUAACAUUGUUUAUCACGUUCUCCAAUGGAACCAAUCACAAAUGGUCGUAAUCGUAGAACAACUAAGCCAUCCCAAGCGCAGCUGUGAGACCAUCCUCCGCCUACGCUGCUGUUUGGAGUUAUACGAUCGAUUGGUCCUGUUGUGCAACGAGGAGAUUAGCUUGGUGUACGGCUUCAUUGCAUGGCUAUCGGUGUUGUUCGCUUCGCUGGAUGUCACUGGCAUUAUCUAUCUCACUAUGGUUAUUCAAACGGAUAAGUCUCUGGGCGAACAUUUGCUGUUCAAUAUCAUUUGGCUGUCGCCCACCCUGAUGACCUGUGCGGCGGGCCUCAUGAGUAAUCGUGUGGCCAUUCAGGUACGUUAACCCAUAUCAA